CAAAAACAAAACAAAACUUCAAAACAAAAGAUCUGUGCUGCAUAUUCACAUUCCUCCAAAAUAAAGUGUGUUUGUCCAAACUUGACAUGGUCACGAGUCACUUGCGGCCCAUCAAGAAUGAACCCACUACCCACUUUUGGACAGUGACCCAUCAGUUGGGAACCACUGCCUUGGACCAGGUACAGAAUCAUGUGGGGAUCUUGCUGUUUCUACCCGCCACUGUGCGUCCUCUCCUGUCCUGUCCAGGACCAGCCUGUCUGUCCUCAGAUCAUCACGGCGUCUCCUCCUCUCCAUCCUCCGCUCGCUGCAUUCUCCGCCAAAGAGUUUGUCCUGAAAGGAUGACAGCGCAGGAUGCCAAAACGUCUGACGGUCACAGUCUGAGUCGCUGGCAAAGCCGAAUCUCGUCAACCAGAAAAUCUGGAGCUGUGAGCUCUGCAGAGCUUCAGGUGCUCAACAGAAGAUGACACAAACCACUCAGCGGAAAUCUGGAACCACAGAACAAACUGGAGAGCACUGAAAGCCUUUUUCAACAAUAAAAAGACCGAGUUAAUAAAAGCUCUGCAGCAUCUUCAGGAGGCCUCAGAGCUCAGACGACAGAGUGCCAGCUCGUCACUGAGGGACGCACAGGUUCAGCUCUGUGCGCGAGACUCCUGUCCAGCCUCCGUGUGUCUUUGAGAGGCUGCUGAAGGACUUUGUGUCGGAAAAACAGACUCAAACAUCCACCUGCACCUGACCGGAGGCUGCGCGAGGACACCGACAACUUCUGCACGCGCGCAUCAAACAGCUGAGCCCCAACAAGAUGAACCGCAGACCGGAUGUGUCUCUUCCUGUGCUGCUGUGUGCCAUCUGUCUCCUCGUCCUGCCGACGUCCUCUACCCACCACCACGACUCAGAUGACUCGAAGCUGCUGCAUGUGACCAUCCCUGCCACCCCGCCUGUGGUCGCCGUGCUAGGCGGCUCUCUGACGUUACCCUGCCUGGUGUCUCUGGCCCACCCGCCGCCGUCCCCGUCCACCAACGGCCGCCACGCUGUGCUGUCCCUCCCCCGGGUCAAAUGGAGCGUGCUGACUCACGGCCGGGAGACAGAGAUCCUGGUGGCCCGUGGCGACAGGGUGAGAGUCAGCGAGGCCUACAAAGAGCGAGCCUCGCUGCUCAACUACGCCUACUCCCCCGCCGACCUCACGCUGCGGCUGGAGAGCCUGAGGCAGAACGACACCGGCUUCUACCGCUGCGAGGUGCAGCAGGGCCUGGAGGACGCCGACGAUGUGGCUCAGGUCAAGGUCAAAGGGGUGGUGUUCCAUUACCGAGAUGCAUCCAGCCGCUACGCCUUCACCUUUGAGCGGGCCAGAGAGGCCUGCGAGGAGAUCGGGGCUGAAAUCGCAACUCCGGAGCAGCUGCUGGCCGCCUACCACAGCGGGUACGAGCAGUGUGACGCCGGCUGGCUGUCGGACCACUCAGUCAGAUAUCCCAUCCACACGCCCAGAGAGGGCUGUUUUGGGGACAUGGACGGCCUGCCAGGGGUGAGGAACUACGGCCUGUUAGAGCCUGAUGAGCUAUAUGACGUCUACUGCUACGUGGAGAAUAUCAAUGGUGAGGUGUUCCAUGGCUCCGCCCCCCAGCGUUUCACCUUCUGGGAGGCCAAGGCAUACUGUCUGAGUCAUGGCGCCGAGCUGGUCACCACGGCUCAGCUGUACGCGGCCUGGAACGACGGACUGAACCUCUGCAGUCCUGGCUGGCUGGCGGAUGGGAGCGUGCGCUACCCCAUCGUCACCCCCAGAGAGCGCUGCGGGGGCGGCGAGCCUGGCGUCAGAACGGUUUACCGUUACAGCAACCAGACGGGCUUCCCCGAGGCCCACACCAGACACGACGUCUACUGCUUCAGAAGCGAUAAUGGCCCCUACACAGAAUCUCCUCAGGAUUUUCUGGCCACAGAGCCGGAGGACAUUGGCCAGGACAUUGUUUUCUUAACUAAUCCUGCAGAGGAGGAGGAGGAGGAGGAGGUGACGGCCAAGGAGGAGGAGGAGCUGACGGCCAAGGAGGACGAGGAGGAGGAGGAGGAGGAGGAGGAGGAGGUGACGACUAAGGGGGGCGAAGAGAUCCAACAUGCCCUGACGGCCAACCCUGUGAAGCAGGGCCCGGUGCGGGCUCCAACGUUUGGUUAUGACCAGGUGGACAUUCAUCAGUCUGUCCCUCCUUCACCUGAGCACCAGGAGUCCACAGAGGACACCUGGGAGGUGAUAGAGAAGGAGAGCCACCCGGAGUCCCAUCAGCCAGCACCCGAAGACAACGCACAUCAUGACGAGUCCAACACGCUUCCAACAGUUUCUCUGCAGGCUGCUGAGGAUUCGUCUGUCCCCUCAGCUGGUGUGACGGCUCCCUCAGAGAGCGCGGGGCCCUUGGAGAGCGCUGGACCCUCGGAGAGCAUGGGACCCUCAGAGAGCACGGGACCCUCAGAGAGCACAGGACCCUCAGAGAGCACAGGACCCUCGGAGAGCACGGGGACCUUGGAGAACACAGGGCUCUCAGAGAGCACGGGACCCUCAGAGAGCACAGGACCCUCGGAAAGCACGGGGCCCUCAGAAAGCACAGGGCCCUCAGAGCUUCUUAUUUCUGUGACUGAGAGCUCCGACGUUCCAGCUGCAACAUCCGCAGCUGACGUCGAUGAGCUCCUCAGCAGCUCCGCGGUGCUCCCACAGAACGGCGACCUUCCCGUCCUUCAGGAGGACCACACUCUAGACGUCCACCUGGAUGUCUUGUCUGAGGCCGAGCUCGUCUCUGCCAGCACCUCCUCUGAUGUUUCAGGGCUGCCAGAGGAGACCAGCGCCGCCUCCGCAGAGGAGACGUUAGCGGUGACCUCUUCACCCCACAGCGAGGACACAGACGUUCACUCCAACACGCUGCCGCCAUCGUUUGAUCCCAGGACACCUGAGAGCCUCCUGACAGGAGAGGAGUCCGGAGAGGAGAGCGCGGAGACGCCAAACUCUGAGACUCACAGUUCGGUUGGUGUGGACACCUCUGCUACCUCUGAGCAGGUCCCCACACCUGACUCAGUUGAUGAUCACACCUCAGAGCCUCCACGUGUGACCGCGGAGUCGUCCAUCUCGGUCCACGACGAUGACGAGGACGCCGACGGCACCUCAGAUGAUCCGACUGACCAGAGCGGACACGUCCACUCAUCAGAACCCCCCACUGUAGACGUCAUCACGGCCACAGAAGACUCCAGCGUGAACGCUCCGGUCCUCGACAGCGAUCUCGUCACUCUGAUGACAUCACCCGUACCUGUUACCCUGUCCCCGCCCUCGGUGGAGGUCGAGGCCAGCUCCCCGGAGAUUAUCACCUUCAUACCUGAGAGCAACACGUCACCUGUGGCAGAGGACAUCCAGGACAAACUAGAGCAGGAGGUUUUAGGCGAAAAAAACUCAGAGGUGUUUCUCAGCACCACCCAAAAUCUCACAGACGGCGAUCCGGAGCGAGAAGUCAGAGAGGGAUCAGGUGAGGCGUCAGGAGAAAGCUCAGAGGUCACGUCACAUCUCCUGCUGACAAACCCAGCUCUCUCAGACAACCGCACGUCUGAGGGAAGCGGCGAUGAAGACGCCACUGACGCUCCUCCUCCGUCAGACAUAAAAAUCACUCUGAUCCCUCAUCUGACGCUCUCAGCGGGCUGGGAGCCGCAGCCGUCCUCCUCCACGCCGCAGGAGUCUCGCUCUGAGUGGGAGUCCAGCGCCGAGCCGCCCGCCACCGAGGACACUGAGGACGCCUCCAGUGAGCACGAGACCGAGAUCACCACCAGCAACAUCAAUGAGCACGUUUUGGAGCGAGCUGAGGGGGAGAGCAGCACUGACGAGCCUCAAGUUAAAGUUUGCACAUGGCGUCCGGACGAACAGGGAGCCAGGGGUCCGACUGUCACCGCCGACAGCAGCGACGUGACCGUCAUGGCUCCCACCGUGUUCCCACAGUAUCCGGCGCUGGCGGCCUCGCUGCCGGCGGCCAAAGUGUCUGCUGUGAGACCAGGAGCCACGUCAGACUCCUGCCUGGAGAACCCGUGUCUGAACGGCGGCACUUGUGUGGACGGCGAAUCAGCACGGUGUCUUUGCUUGCCCGGAUACGGAGGAGACUUGUGCCAGACGGACGUGGAGGUGUGCGAGCCCGGCUGGGAGAAGUUUCAGAGCUUCUGUUAUCGUCACUUUGCCAAGAGGCAGAGCUGGGAGGCGGCCGAGCAGCACUGCCGCAUGUGUGGAGGACACCUGCUGUCCGUCAUGACCCCCGAGGAGCAGGACUACAUCAACGAUAAAUACAGAGAAUAUCAGUGGAUCGGACUGAACGACAGGACCAUCGAGGGAGACUUCCGCUGGUCGGAUGGGAACCCUCUGCUGUACGAGAACUGGUUCAAAGGUCAGCCUGACAGCUACUUCCUGUCAGGCGAGGACUGCGCGGUGAUGGUGUGGCACGACGGCGGCCGCUGGAGCGACGUGCCGUGUAACUACCACCUGUCCUACACCUGCAAGAAGGGCAUCUCCUCCUGUGGCGAGCCGCCUAAAGUCCCGUACGCUAAGGUGUUCGGGAAGAAACAUUUGCGCUACGAGACCAACAGCAAGGUGCGGUACUACUGCGAGGAGGGUUUAGUGCAGAAACUGAAUCCUGUCAUCAGAUGUCUCCCCGGCGGCCAGUGGGAAGAGCCGCUGAUCACCUGCCUCCCAACACAUUCGAUAGAGGAGGACGUGGUGACAUCACUCCCCUCUCAGCGUGCGGCGGCGGCGGAGGCCGUGGAGGUGACGGGAUCGGCCACAGAGAAAGCAGCUCCGCUGUUCUGGGACAUUAACUGGAACGUCUGAAGCCAUCCAGCCUUUUUUUAAAAAACAACAAAAAACAUUAUCACCUCCCGUUUUCAGAGACUCUCAGUCCAGUUUAUCUUAAACUACGAAUCUGAUCGUUCAAAUUCAAGUCAUAUAAGAGGCCGCAGCUCUUACAGCCACAGAAAAUCUGGAAAACUUGUCAUCCAAACACUGAUGGAAACUUUAGGAAACUUUGGCCUCAUUAAACAACAGAAACGUGUCGCCGAAUGAAACAGUCGUCCUCAGAGACAGCAGAUGAUCCUCCACACUGCUCAAAACGCCAAACAGAUGAUUUUUAAAUCCAGACGUGCUUUGAUUGAGCAUGCAUCCGUCCUGUUUCUUCAUUUCUUUGUUUUUAGCGUCAGACAUUCAGACAUUCAGAUUUUUCGUUACUGACAAGCCGAUACUUCAGAAAGCUAACUUCAUCUCUUCUCCGUGCUCAGUGCUCGUCAGUGAGCCUUUGCCUUUUUUUGUAAAAUCCCGACGUCACUUUUGCGCUGUGUGCAGGAACGUCCCAAACACACAAAAUAAGAAAAGAGUCUGUGCAGAUAAAUACACCACCACACACUGAGAGUGCGGCAUAUCUGAGAGGGAUUACUGCAGCAUGAGUCCUUGUUUUUUAGGAAAAUCCUGCAGUUUCUUUUAUGUGCGUCAAGCCUCAGAUGCAUUCAAUCCACUGCAGAAAAAAAACCUCCACCUCAUAGAUUAUGUAUAAUUUAAAUAACAGAAUCGCCAGAAAAAAUGUUGGUAUUGAAUGUUUCUGAAAUUUAUGGUUACGUUACAUUGAAACGUUUGUAACCCACCAACAUGUCAGCUCAAAAUGUAUGUGAGAGUGCUCUUUUGUGCGUGUAGAUUCUCCCAAAUGUUCAAAUUAUUGCUAAAUGUCAGAAUCUUUGUGAAAACUGCGACGGUGGGUUUUAAGAACAAAUUUAUUCUUAAGAACGGUUGAUGAAUGAGGCCCAGUGUUAACACACCAUAUGUUAAGUGUUUUGCAGUUAUCUGGAUUUUGCACAUUAUGAAGGAAGAUUUACACUUAAAUUAACUUUUUUUUUCCUUAUUUGGAAAAUACAUCCAUGCACAGAUCAUAUUUUAGCACCAGGUGGAAAUGGGGUGUGAAUAUCUCAUACUGCAGGGGCAAAGCUUUCAUUUGGCCCUGAAUGAGUCACCUGUGUGUGGAGGAGAGUCCUGCCACCGAUCAGUGAGCACACCUGACGUCAACGUGAGCAAUCAGAGUGAAGCUCUCAGUGAACGUGAGUGAACGCUUUCUUCUCGGCCUGCAGUGCCGCUGUGUGUAAAAAGAGUUUUAUCAGGUGUGUCUUUACAGUUCGAACUCUUUGAAACUUAAAUUAACAUCCGUCUUCUGCCUUCUGACACCUUUCACAAGCUAUUUGACCUUCUGAAACCCGAGAAAAUUGGUUUGAUUUCUUUUU